UGAUGGAUUUAUUUGCUUCUAGAAGGCGCUGACAAGCAGUUAUUGCUGUCCAGGUGCUGGGAAAUUGGAAUCAGCUGUCAGGUGCAAUGGCAAACAGAACUGGGCUCAAUGCUACUCAGGGGCUAGGCCCUUUUUCAGCAGCUGAGGUUUCCACAUUCCAGGAGGCUGUUGGCCUCUUCUUCAUGGUCCUGCUCAAUGUCAUAGCCCUGGUCGCCAACACAGCUGUGAUGGUAGUUAUCCUCAAGACCCCUCUCCUGAGGAAGUUUGUCUUUGUCUGCCAUCUCUGCCUGGUAGAUCUGUUGUCUGCCAUUUUCCUGAUGCCACUGGGGAUCAUUUCCAGCUCCUCAUGCUUCAACAGGGUGAUCUAUAGCAUUGCAGAGUGCCAGACCCUGAUCUUUUUGAACAUCUGCUUCAUCAGCGCCUCCAUUCUCACCAUCUCAGUCAUCAGUGUGGAGAGGUAUUACUACAUCAUCCACCCAAUGAGGUAUGAGGUCAAAAUGACCAUUGGACUGGCAGUCACUGUGGUGGUCUUCAUCUGGAUUAAAUCUGUCCUGAUCACAGUCUUGGCUUUGGUGGGGUGGCCCCAAGACAAUGGAGCCACCAGUGCCAGUAAGUGCACAGUGUUCUGGAGCCCUGGAGCCCACAAGAAGAUCUUUGUCAUUGUCUUCAGCACCCUCUGCUUCAUCGUGCCCACCUUCAUUAUCUUUGCCGUCUACUGCAGCAUCUACAGAGUGGCCCGGAUUGCUUCCCUGAAGCAUGCCCCUGUCCCUUCUUGGACGGCCACUCCCAGGCAACGAUCAGACUCCAUUAACAGCCAAGUGACUAUCAUCACAACCAGAAACCUGCCUCCCCGGCUGUCCCCAGAGCGAGUGUUUGGAGGGAGCAAGGCUGCCUUGACCUUAGUGCUCAUUGUGGGCCAAUUCCUGUGUUGCUGGCUGCCGUUCUUCUCCUUUCACUUACACUGCUCUGUUAACUCAGUCACUCCUGCUGGGGGCCCUGGGGAGAUUGUUGUUACCUGGCUUGCCUACUCUUCUUUUGCCAUCAACCCCUUCUUCUACGGGCUACUGAACCGUCAGAUACGGGAAGAGCUGUCCAGACUGGGGAGGAACUGCCUCAACAGAUCCCUGACCCAGGACCUCUGUCUCUCUAGUCCAGAGGGGUCUAUCCAUGAGAACUUCUUUCAGUUCCUACAAAGGACUGGCUGCACACUGGAGACCCAGUCCAGCUACAUCAACUCCAGCCCCAGGAACACAGUGGACCAGACCAUGAUGGGCUUCAGAAUUCCAGGUCAAAUCCCAGAAGAAACAAACUGAGAAGGGACAGGGGUUAGGGUGGAUAUCAGGUCACUGUGGUCUGCAUCCUGGCUGCUGCAGCAUGGAGGAUUGAUGUGCGGUUUCAGCUCACGGGAAGGCCUGACUGGCCAUUUUCUGAUCUGGUGAAGGAUGAUGCAUUUGAGAGGAUUUAUCUUCCUGAGCAUGGGAGGGAAAAGCUGACUUGGCAAUGCUGUUCCACAGUGGGGUAGGGAAAACCAGCAGGAGGGUGGAAGGAGGAGGGAUGGGUGUUUAUGAGAGCUAAUCCUGUUCUUCUCCAAGCACUUUUCAUU